AAGGGUGCUAAGCUGGUCCUUAGGGCGCUGUCGGCACGGCAGAGCACCGAGCUGGUGCAGCAACGUUGGUUCGCGGCACAGCCGGCGCUUUCAAACGAGGAAGAAUACAGCCGAUUUUCGCAGGACACGAGCCGAGCGCAUGUCACUUGGCCCAAGGUGCUUAACGCUUCUCUUGCGGAAGUGGAUCCGGAUCUCUACGAUAUUAUUGAAAAAGAGAAGAAUCGCCAGUUCAAGGGUCUUGAGCUAAUUCCGUCGGAGAACUUCGUGUCAUCCUCGGUCAUGGAGGCCGUGGGUUCAGUCAUGACGAACAAAUACUCGGAAGGCUACCCCGGCGCCCGGUACUACGGUGGCAACGAGUUCAUCGACAUGGCUGAGCGGCUUUGCCAGGAUCGCGCCCUGAAGGCCUUCCGCCUGGAUCCGGCCAACUGGGGGGUCAAUGUGCAGUCGCUGUCGGGAUCUCCGGCUAACUUCCAGGUCUACACGGCCCUCCUCCAGCCCCACGACCGAAUCAUGGCUCUGGAUCUGCCCCACGGCGGUCACCUCAGUCACGGGUACCAGACCGACACGAAGAAGAUCUCGGCUACCUCCAUUUACUUCGAGCAAAUGCCGUACCGCCUGAACGAGGAGACGGGCCUUAUCGACUACGACAUGCUGGAGAGGACUGCCGUACUGUUCCGCCCCAAGUUGAUUGUGGCAGGUGCUUCAGCGUACACGCGGCACUACGACUACCCGCGGAUGCGCGCCAUUGCCGACAAGGUUGGCGCCUGGCUCCUUGCCGACAUGGCUCAUAUCAGCGGGCUGGUGGCGGCGGAUCUGGUGCCCUCUCCCUUCGGCUACGCGGACGUGGUUACCACGACCACCCACAAGUCGCUGAGGGGGCCGCGCGGCGCCAUGAUCUUCUUCCGGAGGGGAGUACGGCGUACGGAUGCCAAGACGGGCAAGCCCGUGAUGUACGACAUUGAGGACAAGAUUAACUUUGCCGUGUUCCCCGGGCUGCAGGGCGGUCCCCACAACCACACCAUUUCUGGACUUGCAUGCGCCCUCAAACAAGCGGCGACGCCCGAGUUCGUUGCGUACCAGAAGCAGGUUCUUUCCAACAGUCAAGCUCUCGCCAGGGGAAUGGCCAAGAGGGGGCACAAGUUGGUGUCGGGGGGCACUGACAACCACAUCGUGCUGGUGGACCUGCGGCCCAAGGGAGUCGACGGCUCCCGGGUGGAGCGCGUGUUGGAGUUGGCCCACAUCGCGGCCAACAAGAACACCGUACCGGGCGACAUCUCGGCGCUGGUGCCCGGCGGGCUGCGGAUGGGCUCACCCGCCCUCACGUCCCGGGGCUUCGUGGAGGACGACUUCGAACAGGUUGCCGAGUACGUUGACCGAGCGGUCAACAUCGCGGUGGGGCUCAAGUCGCAGUUCCCCAAGCUGAAGGAGUUCCGAGAGUACCUGAACAAGGAGGCUCCUGCCGAGUUGACUGCGCUGAAGAAGGACGUGGAGACCUUCGCCAUGCGCUUCCCCACCAUCGGCUUCGAGAAGGCCACCAUGCGAUACAAGCACUGA